GCUAACGGCCGUGGCCUCUGAGGUGGAAGAAGAAGAAGAAGAAGCUGGUACGCGUUAUCACUCUUUGCGAAGGAGAAGUGCCAUCAACCUCUACCAGCUCCAUACUUGAAGUGUGAGCCACGAUAUCGAGUGUCUCUGCAAUACGUUGUCCUCUAGACCUCAACGAUGAGUGUUGAAGAACUGAGUGGAGCUGAGCAACAGGAAGAAACCGGAGGACAGACACCAGGGAGAAAUGCAGCUAGAGGUUCAAACAAGGAGGUUUUCUUUGGCAUAGCGUGUUUUGGAGCGGCGGCGGCCGUGCUUGGCUUAGCGGCCUUUGUGCUGGCAAAUAGGGGCCCACCUCGUGACGUCGACGACUCCGACGAUUCCAUUGUGACGAUAAAGAAGUUCCCUUCUGGCAACAGGCCCACGCCGGUUUGGGACGACGAGGACACGUCUAGCCAAGAGAGAACAAAAUGCAGGUCUGACGACUGCCAGUACAUGCGGUGGCUCAUCAACCUCUCCGUGGACAAAAGUUUGGAUCCCUGCGAUAACUUUUACUCUUACGUCUGCUCGGGAGCCAAUCGACGAUUCGAGGCGGACUUCGACCGCGUCGGCGGCGGCAUGCUGUCAGUAAUGGCGGGCAACAUCACCACUGCCAUAUACUGGAGUUUGAAGAACGAACGCGUAGGAAGCAGCAGCCAGUCGGGCUUUCAAAAGGCGGCAGCGUUGCUGCAGCACUGCGAAGACGCUCGGAAUAUGUAUGAUUACAACGUGCAACAGAUUCCGGAAUUCUUGCGCAAAUAUCAGCUGGCGCUGACGGAUCAGCUGAAUUUUCUUCCGCUCGACAUUUUCGUUAAGUUCCUGCUCACCCUGGACAUUCCUUUGCUGUUCAGCUUUCAGCCUGCCCUAGACGGAAACACCAUCGCGAUCCUGAUGGAUCAGCACCCAGUUUUUGUUGAGUCAAAGAAUCAGCAGACUCAGUCGAGCGAUAUCGACAACGUAAUCAGGGAGUUAUUUUCAGCGGGAACAAAUUAUGUAAACGACAUCAUCACUGCAGAGAGUCAGGUAGUGUCAUUAUCAAACUAUCAGACUUCACAAGACUACUACGAACUUCAACUUUCCCAUCUUGGUUCAACACAAUCCGACACCACCUUGUCGCAAACUUGGACAACUCUCCUUCAAACUUAUAGCAAUUCCAAUCUUCCAGGACAGAAGAAAGUCCGUAUCAGGAACGAUGACAUCAACUUUUUCAUCGGCGUGUUUGGGAAGAACAGUCAGGUGUCCACGCGGGCCUUGCGGGCGUACUUCGCGUGGAGGACCACGUUGUACUUGUACAAUACUUUGAACAAAGCGGCAACCCCCAACGAAUGUUUACAAACCGUGCUUCAAGUGUUUCCAAACGCCGCAAGUUCCAGAGCAAUGCUUCGCAGUGUCACGCCCAAAAAAAUAGGGGAAGUCGAAGAUAUGACUAAAAACCUCGUAGCAGAAAUCGACGCAUCUUUCGCUAGAUCUGCCUGGCUCGAUAGCGCAACAAGAUCAGGUGCACGGACAAAGCUGUCGCUGCUUGGGAAGCGUAUCGGAUUCCUCAUGGGCUUCGAAUCUGACGCAGGUGUCAACAGACAGCUCCAAGCAAUGCCCGACUUACGAGGUCCCUUCAUCGUCGAUUUCAUCAAUGCAAAAAGUGCGCAAACAAACACGCUCUGGAGCAACGUUUACGCCGGCAGUUUGGAAUCUAUACGAUGGAGCCAGCUACAGCUGCCAAUCUAUAGCGGGAACGCCGCAUAUUUUGCGCAGUUCAACACCAUUUUCAUUCCAGCUGGAAUCCUGUACAGGCCGGCCUUCGCGGGCGGAGGACCGCCAGAAAUAAACUACGGGGCACUGGGAGCGGUGCUGACGCACGAGUUGAUGCACGGCUACGACAUCUACGGUCGUCAGCACGACGGCUACGGACAAGUGACCGGGUGGUUCACGGAUGCCAGUAAGCGCUCGUACAGCGCUCUGGUAAGGUGUCAUAAUGUCAAUAUCGACAAUGCGCCAAAGGCGAGGCGUUCUGACGAGCAACUGAACGAGUACCUCGCCGAUUCUAUGGGCCGGACGUCCCUCUUCAACGCGUACAGGAGGGCCACGGAAACAUCCGUCGCUACUUUGGGCAACGUCAAGGGCCUGACUUCGGAUCAGAUCUUCUUCGUUUCUUGGUGCCUCCUGUGGUGCGGGAAGACGAUUGCCGACGGAGUGCACCCUCCGGCGGAAGACAGGUGUAACUUGCCUUACAUGAACUCGGUUCAUUUCAGCCAGGCCUUUAGGUGCCGACGGAACGCACCCAUGAACCCGUCGCACAAGUGUUCCUUCUGGUAAUAACCGUUACGCGACUGUGGACUGCUACAGCCAUUAAAGUAAAAGAGAUAUGUCACA